UACACCCCUGUACAGCAAGGUCAAUUUCCCUGGACGGACGGACGGAUGGUCAUCACGCUGCCGUGCGUGGAAGGACACAAUAACCACACAACAUCAGCAUCGAAGCCUCCGCUGAACUUGUCGUCAAUGUCCUCCCAUCUGUAGAAACAAAGAAGCAUCCGUUGAAUUCAUCGUCAAUGCACUCUAUCUGUUAGUGAAAUUUAGCCACUUCCAUUUUAAAGAUAAAUUUAACGUGUUCUGUGAUAGAUUUAUCAUAUUUUUUUCCAGAUUGGUCAAGAUAAGCAGUCUAUUCUGGCGUGCCAUCGCUGACUCUGAUUUGGACUGCACCAGUGCACCUCCUGCCUGCCUGCCUAGUGCUUCCCUGAGAGCCGGGACCUUUCCAGCGCCCCCUGCCUGCGAUCUGCGUUGUCGUCUCUCUUGUCGGCGCCCGCCCCGCGGAGAAGACGAAGACGACCCUCUUCUUUCUUGAAUUGAAGCAGAACCUGCAGCUCCUCCCAUGGUACGGUUCCACGAUCCCUUCCCACUCUGCUCUUUUCUCCCGCUGCUGUGGCUGUGGAGCUGCGUCGUCUUUAUACGUUUCUUGCCGCGUCGUCAACGAAUCCAGGAUUCCUCCUCCCUUUCCCUGCGCGACGAAAACUGUUUCUAUCUAUCUAUUUAUUUAUUUAUUUAUUCCUUCACAAAGAAAACCGCUGCUCUGCUCUGCUGCCACCAUCCUUUUGAUUCCACGGCCUCGGUCGACUCACCAAUUCCCAUACGUAUUCUCGUCUGAAACAAAAGGAAAGAGCGAAAGAAAAAAAAAUCUUCCCUUAAUUUCAGCUGAUCGGCAUGGCGCAGGGAGCAGCAACAGCCGUAGACGGCAGCGGCAGCGGCAGCACCGCCCGUCCGCCGGCGGCGCUGCCCGGCCUGAAGCUCCUCCGUCGUCUCCUCCUCGUGGCGGUGGUGGGCACGGGUUUCCUGGCAGUCGUGGUACUGCUCUCCUCCUCAUGGCGAUACUCGUCAUCCAUGCUCCCUCGGGUCCCCGCGCCGGACGUCCGGCUGCCCGCGCCGGCGGGCGGCGGGAAGGUGCCGCUGGAGCGGUGGGCGCGGGGGUCCGCGUCCGCGUGGCACAACCUGACCGACGAGGAGCUGCUGUGGGCGGCGUCGUGGCGGCCCGGCGUCCGGCGCUACCCGUACCGCCGGACGCCCAAGGUGGCCUUCAUGUUCCUCACCCGCGGCCCGCUGCCGCUGGCGCCGCUCUGGGACAGGUUCUUCACCGGCGCCGGGGACGCGCGCCUCUUCUCCGUGUACGUGCACGCCACCCCGGGGUACCGCCCCGGCUUCCCGCCGGCGUCCGCCUUCUACCGCCGCCUCGUGCCCAGCCAGGUGGCUCGGUGGGGCGAGGCGAGCAUGUGCGACGCGGAGCGGCGGCUGCUGGCGAACGCGCUGCUGGACCCGGCGAACGAGCGCUUCGUGCUGCUCUCCGAGUCGUGCGUGCCGCUCUACGGCUUCCCGGCGGUGUACAGCUACCUGACGCGGUCGCGGGAGAGCUUCGUGGGCGCGUUCGACGACCCAGGCCCGCACGGCCGGGGCCGGUACCGCGCCGGGCUGGGCCCCGAGGUGACCGCCGGGCAAUUCCGCAAGGGCGCGCAGUGGUUCGAGCUGGACCGCGACCUCGCCGUCGGCGUCGUCGCCGACGGCCGCUACUACCCCAAGUUCCGGGACCACUGCCGGCCGCCGUGCUACGUGGACGAGCACUACCUGCCCACGGUGCUGUCCAUCGAGGCCCCCGCGCGGAUCGCCAACCGGAGCGUCACGUGGGUGGACUGGUCCCGCGGCGGCGCGCACCCGGCCACGUUCGGGGAGGAGGACGUGCACGAGGCGUUCCUCAGACGGCUCACGGCGCCCGGGAAGGACCAGGGCAACUGCACCUACAACGGCCAGCCGGCGGAGGUGUGCUUCCUGUUCGCCAGGAAGUUCGCGCCCAGCACGCUGCGCCCGCUGCUCAGCCUCGCACCCAAGUUGCUCGGAUACGGCUGACACUGCUCUGCUCUGCUCUCAACCUGAAAUCUGAAUCUUCUCCAGUGAUUGAUAAUUGAUUGGUAUAAAUAUGUACUCUAGACUGGACGAUCGUCAUCCAUCAUCGAUGUAUAGAUGUAGCGAAACAUCAUUUUUGGGCUCAACUGGUGUUAACACCGAUAGCAGCAAAGAGGAGAAGAGACACGGGAAACUGGACAGCCGGAAGAACGAACGAAUGUUAUUCAGUAAACUGUUGUCCCACAAACGAACGGAACACAACUAUUUAGACUACCUCUAGCAAGCUUACUCAUUUUAUUUUAUCUUCUAUUUUAAAUUUUACUAUGUUAACAGCGUAGUUUACUGUAUAAAAUUGUGUUUUGUGUUUAUCUUCUAUUUUCAAUUUUACUCUGCGACCAGUAUAAUUUA